CUUGAGUUACGUCCCUUGAUCGGUCCUACCCACAACCAGAGAAUCAUUUGACAAUGUCUUCAAAAGCAGAAAAAGAACGAACGAAGCUUUUACAGGAUAAAUUCCAAGCCAUUUUAUCUAGUCUUCUAAAAGACGAUGAUAACAAAUACUGCGUUGAUUGUGACGCGAAGGGGCCGAGGUGGGCAUCAUGGAAUCUGGGCAUCUUCCUGUGUAUCCGCUGUGCUGGUAUACACAGAAACCUUGGGGUCCACAUAUCAAGGGUCAAGUCGGUCAACCUGGACACAUGGACCCCAGAACAAGUGGCUAUGAUGCAGGAGAUUGGCAACAGCCGAGCAAGGGCUGCAUACGAGGCCAACAUCCCUGAUAGCUUCCGCCGACCUCAGACAGAUUCCAGAGCUCUUGAGGCUUUUAUAAGAGCCAAAUAUGAGCAUAAGAAAUACAUUGCACGAGAGUGGGUUCCGCCUAAACCAACUAUACCAAAAGAGUGGCUAGAAGACGAUAGAGAAAAGAAACGUUCCAAGUCCAAACCAGCCUCUACCAUCCAACUCAGCUCAGUCCCCAAAUCAUCAGCCAGCAGCAGCUCCAGCAGAGAGAAGAAGUCGUCCCCUGACCAGGCCAAACCUGUGACCAAGUCCCCACCCCCUGUCCAACAGCCCCAGCCCAGCACAGCCGCUGCGGACCUCAUUGGUCUAGAGACAUAUUAUAUGUCCCAAAAUGCCUCAUCUCCCACAACUCAACAGCCCAACGGAGGAGGUGACUUGCUUGCUGACAUAUUUGGCAACACCCCGACCCCUACCCAACCAGCUCCACCUGCGUCAGGGGGUGCAGGUGCUGCCCUUGGGGUGGGGGCCAACCAGGCUCUAGGAGGACAACAGAAUGGCACUUUGGAGGCCAGCCUGUUUGAAGACGGAGGGUCUGACAAGGGAGGUUCAGAGAAAUCGACAAAGGAAUCCAUCUUGGCUCUGUACGGUAGCGGCGGCGGUGGAGGGCAACAGCAGCAGCCCCAGAUGUUUGGCGUGCCAGCAACGUCUGCACCAAGCAGUGACGAUCUGCUGCAGUUUACUCCAAGUCAAGCAGGCCUUCUGCCGACACCCUCACAACUGACCAUACAAUCAGCACCGCACCUGUCGACCAAUCAGAUGUCAAGUAGUCAGAUUCCCACCAAUCAACAGAUGUUUCAUCAGCCAAUGACCCAGCCUCAAAUGUGUUUAAUGCCACAAGGGCUAUUUUACUAUGAUGCAGGAGGCAUGUACAUGCCCCAGCAGAGCAUGGGCAUGUAUGGUGGUGCCAUGCCAGGUCAACAGGCGAUGUCAGGUCAACAGGGCAUGCAGGGCAUGCAGUAUCAGCAAGGCAUGAUGGGAAUGCAGCAGCCUCACAUGUAUGGGAUGGGCCAGAUGGGAGGGGCAAUGCCAGGGGGGAUGAUGGGGGGUCAGCAGCAGGCUGGGGGCAACAUGAUGAUGGGCGGACAGCAGCAGAUGUUCCCCCAGCAGCAGCAGCAGCAGCAGCAGCAGCAACAACAACAGAUGCAGCAGAUGCAGUACCAACAGAUGCAACAACAGAUGGCUGCUAUGAAAGUGGGCGGGGCAGGACAGAUGGGAAGCAUGCCCCAGGGUGGGGCUGCAGGGUGGGGCACACAGAACUCCGGCCAGACAUUAUCCACAAAUCUAUGGCAAUGAUGCUAGCUGUAGUGUAGCAUGGACCACAGUUUUCAUGGCCGUCUGGAAGAGACGGCUGAAAUUGAAAAUGACAUUCCAUCAGUAUCACAACCAUCUUUCCAUCUGCGAUUGUCGAGAGACGCAACCUGCAAAGUUAGAGUGUAUGGAACCAUGGAACAAGUUAACGAAAUACCUCUGUUGUGGUGAAUGCCAUGGCAGUUAACAGAUAAUAUAUGCUGUUGUUUGUAAAUAUUUAUUGUACAGUUAUUGAAGAGGACUCUGUACUUUGUUGAUUUUUAUUUCAUCAUUUGUAGACAUCAAUAUUGAUUUCACUUCAAUAGUGUCAUUCCUGUAAUUAUCUCCCUCACCCCCAACUUCACCACCCCCCCCCCCCCCCCCCCCCCCCUCACCCUUCACCCAUUAGACAUGGCAUUGUGUCAUUAAUCAGGAUUGAAAAUUAAUUUUUAUUUCCACUAUUUUAUUUGCUACAGAGUUACCAUCUACCUAAUAGAACAGUGAUAGUCCGCAAGGAAAUGUCACUGGUCCUUUAUGAAUUUUACGAGUCUUUGACUUGUGGAUUUGUAUUAAUUUCAACCCUGUAUCUGUACUUGCAUCAUUACUUUGUUGAAAGGUCCACUGAAACUAGGAAGAAGUAACUUAUAUCCAUGUCCUUUAUCUUGUAUGUACAUGUUUCCCGAUUAUGCUCUUCAUGUCACAGAUAAUAUUUGGCAUAGUUUUGAAGUAAUGCAUUGGGAUGAAAAGGGGCAGUGUCAAUCAUUCAUGAGUGGGAACGUGACAUUGGAGUUUCAAAAUCAAACGUAAAAUGCACAUAAUUUUAGUCACAAAUAGUCAUUUCGUGUUGACCAUUAUAGGAAAAGGUGUCAGUGCAACAUUCAUCUGGUGGCAGUGCCACUGUGAAUACGCUUUCCUGUCUUUUCUGGUUGCCAUGGUAACACAAAAUAUGAAACUUUAUGACAAACCCUAUUUUGUUCCAACUAUGGUUGUUUGAAACACAGGGUCAAGUUGAUAAUUAGUUUAACAUGGUAUUAACAAGCAGGUGUCUUAAGACCUAGGCAGUGUCGUGUUAGUACCGGAAUGGCCACCUGGAGCGAUUCCCUCACACAGUAUCAUCACUAAUGUCGCCAUAGUGCUGCUACUGUCUACUCCUGUACAUAAGGGGGAUGGAUCUAAACCCAGAUCAUGAUGUCUGACGUUAAGAUGCCAUGCCAUGAGAUAACUGACUUCUGUUCAACAACCAGCUCACUCACUUACUUUAAUUCAGACAUUUUAAGGUGUUGUAAAUAAGCCCUGAACGGUCAUGUGUGAUGGUCCACCUGACAGUGAGUUGACCCUUUCAAGAAGACCUGGUCAUUUUAGGAUUUGGCUGUCCAGAGGCUUACAGAAGUUUCUCUGGGUAUUCUGAGAAUCAUUAGUUGUAGUGCAGUGGUGGAUGUGGACUAGGUCUCUGAGGACAGUACUGCACACAGUAUGAAAGUAUAGUGGUUUGAAUUGUAUUCAUUAAUUAUGCUGUGAUUUCUGUCAUAAUUGGCUGGUGAGCAGCCUUGUAAUUCUUCACAUACAUUGUGACAAAGCUGCAUGCAGUAGUUGUGAGAAUAGGGUGAAUAGUCUGGAAGUUCUUCUUUGAGAUCCUCCUCCACGACUACUUUCCAUGCUCAAGCGGAAUCCAGUAGUAGUACCAUGUGUUCUGUGAUAAAUGUUGAUGAAUCAUUCUGCACGAAACAACGUGGAAGGUAGGGUCCCGAAGACUUGACCUCUUUCAGCAUCUUUGUUUCAGUACCGAUUUGGACACCUUCACUAAAUCAAUCUCAGUUCAUGGAUUGGGGUUUUAGAACUAUACUACUCAAAAGAAGUAAAGGAUCACCGAUUCUUUCAUAUUACUGUAGUUAAUAUGACGUGCAGAUUAUUCCCAUUGGAUGACAAAUGAACUAUAGUAAUAUGAAAGAAGAGAGUGGUCCUUAACAUUUUUUUCGUAGUAUAUUUUGAGACCGAGAUCCGACCUGGGAAUGGGUCUGUGCGCGAGUCUGGUUUUAUGACGACGCACUACAGUUUAGUGGUAGAUCACAAACUCUAAUGAAAUAGUAGCAGCAUAUGUAACAAGUGUCUGUAAUGGCCGUCAUGUGGACACAUAUCCUGGGCUUCGUUCUACAUCGUGACCUCUUAGUUGUGGCUGUCGUACUUCUGUGAGAGUUAUGUGUGGAUUGUAAUGUCUGGUUUCCCAUGUAGAAUGAGGCCCAGGCACUCAAUGUAAAUACCGUAGUUGACAUAUUUAGCACCCCUGCUGAACAUUCAAUAGGGCCUGAGUCAGAAUAAGAAUUGUUUAAAGUAGAUGACAAAAUUUAUACAAAAUUUGAAGACAUGUUAAGACUGGAAUGAUCUUGAAUUGCCUUUAUUAUACAUUGUGAUAAAAUGUCUAAAAAAAGACAAUUUGAAUGUACUUGAAUUGUCUUGGUACAUUGUGGUACAAUGUCCUUAAAAUCCCCCAUGUCUUCUACGUGCUCCAUGUGAUUGAACACCCAGAGUGCUUAUUAUGUUGACAACGGUACAUCAUCUCUCAAUAUAAAUGUAGCUCCACCAGAGAUCCUCUUUUAGUGGAUUUAGACUAGGCUGGACAUUUUCCGAUUCCGUAUAUUAGAAGAGGUACCGUCUAAAAACUUCAUCCUUUGAUAUUAUAUGGGCAGUAGAUAUUGAGUUCCUUGCACUUGUGAGUCUUUAACAAAUCUCUGUGUCAAACAAACAAGAUAAGUCUAGUCAGUGUAUUGUGUGUUAAAGACUUUAAACAGUAUUACUGUUGCAAAAACUACUUUUGAUUGUUAUUAAAUGUUCUGUAUGUAUUGUGAGAUUAGAGGAGGACAUGGGGGUCACAUCAUUUCUGGCCUACAGUUUGAUUCCCAGAUUCAACCUGAUUAUGAUCCUUGGUUAAUCAUGCCCAUCACUGACUUCACCCACGUAGUAAUCAUCUACGACCUGCAUCUGUUCACGUUCUACUAAAUCAUGGGGAUACUGUUAAGAACAGGAAAACUCAAUCAGUGGAUAAUGGCUGACUCCGUGAGAACCAGACUAGGUUGGUUAGUGGUCUUCUGGUGUAAGGCAGAUGUCCACUGGAUUGUCAUGCAAACUUGUCAGCCGGUAUGUCAUUAUCACUUGUCAUGCAGGAUUGUCAUGGUGGCUUGUCAUGCAGACUUUACAGCAGGUUUGUCAUGAUGGCUAAUCAUGCAGGUUUGUCAUGAUGGCUUGUCAUGCAGGCUUGUCAUGCAGGUUUGUCAUGAUGGCUUGUCAUGCAGGUUUGUCAUGAUGGCUUGGCAUGCAGGUUUGUGAUGAUGGCUUGGCAUGCAGGUUUGUGAUGAUGGCUUGUCAUGCAGGUUUGUCAUGAUGGCUUGUCAUGCAGGUUUGUCAUGAUCACUUAUCAUGCAGGCUGUCAGCAUUCCUUCUCCAAAGCCACAGCAUCACAUCAGCUCAGGAUCUUGGGAAUGAUAUAUAUAGUGAAGCCUUGUUAACUCCACAAUUAUUCAGUUUCAAUGCAAUCACCAUUCAAGGGCAAGAACCGUAUGAAAAGCUGAUGAGUAUUCUGUUUGAAAACGCACAAACUACUGUUAAGACUCCCUGUGCAGUGUAUCUCAGUGUUAGCAUGCUUUCUCUGUUCUCUGUGUUGUUUAGGUUUUCCUGUGAGCCUUUGACUCAUCACACCAUCUUUCUACAGCUUCUUUGUGUCUGUCUGGCUGUUGUCCACAUACAUCUUGCUGAGAGGUCUGUGUGCAAUGUUAGUGUAGUGUCUCAGCAUAUCAAUGAUUCAUUGUGAUGAAUGAUGUUUUAGUAAAAAGGUUUUAAUGAUGUAAAUUCAAAAUUUGAUGUAGAAAAUGAAGGUUGUAGAUAUGUCAUCUACUGAAACUGUAAAUGUCAAUAAAAUCAUAAAUUUGAAA